AUGCCCGCCACUCGCGCGAACCGUCCGACCCUCAGUCGUCCCGCCGCCGUCGCGAGUCGCAGCAGUCCCUCGCCAGCGUGGACGAGGACCCCUCCCGAUGAGCCCGCUAUGUUACAAAACUCUUCGAUGGAUAUACACGCACGGAAGGAUAAGGGCCAUAGCCAUAUGCGCAGCCGUUCCCAGGGCCAGCAGCAGCUCCUCGCCCUGCAACAGUCCGAACUCCCGGCCCAACCUCAACGCCCGGCCCCGGUAACAUGGCUGUCGCUGCCUCGAAAAGGCCAAUUGGCCCUCCUCGGUCUCUGUCGCGUCUUCGACUUUUUACAAAUCGCCUCUCUCCAGGCUUAUAUGUUCUAUCAGCUUAAGUCGUUCGACGAGAACCUCUCUGACUCCGAUGUCGCUACACAAGCGGGGAUCCUACAAGGUGCCUUUACCGCUGCCCAGUUUGCGACAGCCAUCCCUUGGGGCCGAGUUGCCGACGCCGAGUGGGGUGGCCGGCGAUUCGUGCUCCUGGUGGGAUUGGUUGGUACCGCAGUGUCGUGUCUGGGCGUCGCUUUUGCGACUUCGUUCGCGCAAGCAGUUUUUUGGCGUUCCUUCGGUGGCGCCAUUAACGGCACUGUUGGCAUCAUCCGGACGAUGAUUGCAGAAAACGUGAAGGAGAAGAAGUACCAUUCACGUGCUUUCUUAAUCCUGCCAAUUGGAUUCAAUGUGGCUUCGUUAUUUGGACCUGUUAUGGGUGGUCUCUUAGCUGACCCCGUCCGAAGUCAUCCGCUUCUCUUCGGCCCCAACUCCUCAUUUGGAGGUGAAAAUGGGGUCCAGUGGUUGAUGAAGUACCCUUAUGCCUUGCCUAUGUUGGCGAACUUCUUCUUCUUGAGCACUACUGCUUUCCUCGUUGCAUAUGGACUGGAGGAAACUCUGCAGGCCUGCAAGGGCAAGCCUGGCCCAGGCUCGUACGUUAUGAAAUACAUAUCCCGCGGCGUGAGAGGCUUCUUUGGUGCUUCCUCGCCUAUUUAUUCAAGACUUCCAUUCCGCGAUUACGAUGAGGAUGGCCCGCUGCUUGGCCCUGGUAGCUUGGACUCCUCAGAGAGCUACGAGCUCGAGGAGAAGGCGACCAAACCCAUCCGUGCGAAGCGUGUACUGCCGUUCCGCAGAAUCUGGACCAAAAAUGUCCUGUGCACUCUCCUUGCCCAGGCUUUUUUCGAUUUCCAGAUGGGCGCUUUCAACAAUCUCUGGCUCCUUUUCCUGUCCACCCCUCGUUAUGAUGUGAACGACCCAACCAGCCCUGCCCAGAGCUUACCCUUCGUCUUCACUGGAGGACUGGGUAUGCUUCCUCAGAGUGUCGGUUUCGCCACCUCGAUUCUUGGAUUGAUCGGUAUGAUGCUUCAGUUCACCGUCUACCCCUCCAUCAAUGGGCGACUGGGAACAGUCAAGAGCUACCACGCCCUCCACCACCCCGCCCCCGGUCAAGCCAAUGGCCCUUGGGUUUGGUUCUGGAUCAUCCUUGUUCUCUUCUUCCAAGUAACCGCCCGAACCUUCACACUCCCAACCUCCAUUAUUCUCUUAAACAACUGCUCCCCGCACCCCUCUGUCCUUGGAACGAUCCACGGUAUUGGCCAGUCUGUGUCAUCCGCCUUCCGUACCAUUGGCCCCAUUUUCUCAGGCGCCUGGUACGGUUAUGGCUUGGACAUUGGCAUGGUCGGCUUUGCCUGGUGGCUCAUUGCCCUGGUUUCAGUCUUUGGCAGUAUCGCUGCAAUCUUUGUUUAUGAAGGCUCGGGCCACGAAAUCCGACUUCCAGGUGAAGAGGAUGAGGCCAUAGACGGCCAUUAA